GUCUCAGUCUCUUUCGCUUUCUGAUCGCGCUCGGUAACGAAGCUAGCGUGUUCCGGCUUUUCCGGGCUUUGGUCGGCCCCGGUUGGGGUUGGUUCAAAGGCUGUUUUUUUUUCAUUCACCUCACUAUCAUUCUUCCUGGAAAUUGUGCGAGGAAAUCGAAAUAGAACAACAAAAAAAGGUUCGAUCGUUUACUUCCUGGGUGAGUGAAGUCGUUUCGCUGCUUGCUGGUGGUGCUGUAAAAAGAGGACUCCACAGUAGAGAAAGGGGUUGAUAGCUUGAUAAGUGUAUCGAUUGUGUUUGUGUUGGUAUGUUGGUGCUGGAGGAUUGGAGUUUCUUGUGGAGCUUUAUUUUAAGGCGAAACUCGCCAUGGGCUGCUGCUAAGUUCAACCAAACUAGAUAUACUUCAAGUUGAACCAUAAAAAAGCUAUCCACAGGCACAAAUCUAUAACUCUUGAUUAACGUAGAAUCGUAGUUUCUGCGAGCGUUUACGACUUUCUCCACUCUACUGCUCUACGGCACUCGCGCUGCACGGUGUGUGAGAACUCGACCUUCUGGGUCUCGGAAAAGCCAACAAAGCGCACAAAACAAAAAGAAGCAUAUCGCCAGAAUCGACCUGUGUAAUGUGACUUUUCGGCAACCAUGGCAACGGAAUCGGGUUUGUCGUCGGCUUGUCUACUACCACCCGUUGAAAGCGACGUCGAAGAAAACAACCAAAACGCGUCACGUAGCUGUCACAGGCAUGAAGUUCCGGAGCUUCUUUGUUGUUAGCCUGGGGUGAAAUGUAACGACAAUACAACAACAGAUGGUUAGCGAUAGUUGCAGUUUGGAUAGUGUUAUCUACACUGCGAGGUUCGUUUUCAGUGUGGUGAACUUGCGAGCGUGAUUGUUGAUCCUGUGUAUGUGUGUGUGUGUGUGUGUGUCUGCGUAUUAUCACAGAGGUCAGGGCUCCCCGAACUCAGCUCAGCUGACGGUGUGUGGAGCCGUGUCACACAUUGUUUACGCCCGUGGUAGUCGGGCAGUCGCAUGAUUGCGCGUGUUUUCGAGACGUCAAAAAUGUAGGGAGCGUCACCUGCCAUGCGAAAAGUGAAACAAAUCAUCCAAACAAACAUCCUUCGGCUGCGUACCGCCAGACGAGAGCGUGGCGCCCGGCAUUGGUGAGCGAGCGAGAGCCGAAAAUGGCCGAAAGCCAUUAUUGUAGCUCCUGUUGCAAUGGCUGUACGGUCAUAAAUUCCGGUACGCUCUCCGAGGGCUCCGUGCUUUGCUGGCACGAUCGGAGCCGUGUUCCGGCUGUCCCGGUGGGAAAAGGCAUCCGCACGCACUUUCGGUGCGGUUCGUGCUGCCGAAAGUGGACCGACAUUCACCGCCACAUGCCGUUACAUAAUACGCACCUAAAGACGGUGUUCGGUUGCAUUCACUACAUGCCACCAACUGGCGACUGGUGGAGUGCAAGUGUGGCCAGGUCGUCCCGAUGAGUUCUGACGGGCGUUUCAGGGAGACCUGAGUGUGUGCAUGAAACGUGCAAGGAACGUCGUCACGUUUUGCGGGUUUAAUGGUCUAAUCGGCUUUGGUGACGACAGCUCUACGCAUCAUUGGAAGGGAUUAGAGAAGUGAUAAAAACCACAUCUACAAAAACUUUGAUAAAACGUGCAAAAUAUCAAAAGAGAUUAAAUCUGAUCGGUGCGAACCAGUGAAGUGAGAUGAUUUAAAGAAAGGAACAAAAAGAGUUAAAAAGAACUAUGAAGUUUAUAAAAGCAUUAUCAAACUAAGCAAAUGCUGUGAAACAAAUAAUAUCAGUAAAACAAAACGCAAAAGACACUAACACAAACGAGUUCUAAAGUAUUGUGUCGAUUCCGCUACUGGUGACCGCUUAGAGCUCGAAUCAAUACCGAACAGAAGAGGAAGCAGAGAAGGCAAAACGAGAUUUAAUCUCGGAAUCGACAAAACACACUGGCCUGGAAGUAACACACCCAUUGAACCAUGAUUCCGGGCGUCACCGAAGCGCGGCACGCCAACCAAGCCAAGCAGAGCAAUAACAGCAAAAAGUGUGUAAGUAAGUAAUUAACGUUUGGAGAACCUGGUGCCGUGGAGUGAAAUUAAAAGAGGCAAGAAAAAAACGAAGGGAAUCAAAUCAACUGAAAACACUAUCAUUGGCCUCAGUGAAAACAUGUUUGGUUGGUAUUACUGGUUGGGAUGCGUACGGUGAGCCAUAUUUGUGAUGUCUUCAUUCCUCGUGGUGGAGUCCUCGAGGGUUCCCGAAAUAUGGAAAUACAGCUAUAAAAUGGGCGCCACCCGUGCCUCGUUUAUCUACGGCAGAAGAGUUAGCAAAUAGAGACCGUUCCGAACGCUCCGGUGAGCAAACAGUGCAAUAAUCAAAAUAUGUCACAACUUCAACUUCAAACACAGCUCAGUUCCAAUCAAGCCGCGCCCGCGUGUUUGUGUGCGCCUAGUGAAGUAAUAUCAUCAAAAAUCGGGCACGGGAAGGCCGCGAAGUGCAAGGGGGCGGUGGUGUCAAUUUAAUAAAGUUUGUGAUAUUGGUUUUUGCUCCGUGUAACGCUGGGCUAAACGUAACCAUCAGCACCGCCAGCACCACGGUCGUGGGGGCCAUCAUGGUUACGUUAAUCAAAAGCAGCCUGUUGGUUGCCUCCGGUGCUUGCGAAUCAAAAAAUGUGCUUUAGUGCCCGAACCGGACGAUGUUAGUGUUAGUGCUUCCGGCGGGGUACAAGCGACGACGACCCCGUGCCCGAGAACGAUGAGCCGAUGACAGGCGGUGUCAAACAGAAACCGAACCGAAGAUCGGACCGGGUUCCGCACCCGGUCGCAGUCGCUUUUGUGAAUCCGUCGAUCGACGAGUGCGAGUGUCAAAGUGAGUCAAAGAUUUCCGGCCACGGGUGUGCGCUGCCUGAGUGUGGAGAGGCAGUAAAGUAACUGGCCUCAUUUGUUGAAAUUCGUUGUUGCUUGUUGCUUGUUUGUUGACCACGUCCAAGUGCUAAUAAAACAGAAAGGAAGUAUAUCAGUAGCUAAGUUUAUAAAACAAGGCAAGACCCUACCUUGGAGCCAUCCAACUACUGCUUCAUAUCGAACCGAUACAGGACACUGGAGCAAAAACAGCAAGAUGGGAAAUGGCAUGAACAAGGUCAUGCCCGGGUUGUAUAUUGGCAACUAUAGGGACUCAAAGGACUACCAGCAGCUGGAUCGAUAUGGGAUUACGCACAUUGUCUCCAUUCACGACAGUCCUCGACGCUUUCAUCCAGAUAAACAUUACCUCUGUGUGAUUGCGGCGGACAAACCGGACCAAAAUCUGUCGCAAUACUUUUCGGUGUGUAAUGACUUCAUCCACUCGGCCCGGCUCAAACAGGGCAACGUACUGAUCCACUGCCUGGCCGGCAUGUCCCGCUCGGUAACGGUGGCCGUUGCCUACAUCAUGUGCGUCACACCGUUGAGUUGGAAGGAAGCUUUAAAGGUGGUACGUGCCGGUCGCUCGAUAGCCAAUCCCAAUCUGGGGUUUCAGAAUCAGCUGCAAGAUUUCGAAACCAACAAACUGAUAGAGGAACGAAGACGGUUGAAGGAACGCUUUCCGAGCUUAGCCCUGGAGUCGACGGAUAAGGAGCAGUGUUACCUAGCUUUAGAUUACUACGAAGAGCUGCUGGAGAGCAAGGGAGUCUGCGAAGGGCAUUGCAAGUUUGGAAAGGACUGUCCAACAGGAAUCUGCCGGACGGAUUCCCGCGGUGGUAUCAGACCUUCGCGAAAACCGAGUCUCUCGUCGAAGAAGCAAUAUAACACAUCACUCUCAACGUCACCCUCGACCUCGUCCCAGCUGUCGGUACGAAGUAUGGGAGCGCCUGCCGGUAGUGGAGCUCAGUCCUGUCCCACGUCGCCCCGCUGCUCGAAGGCGUUGAGCCAACGGCAGGGUUCGACUGGAGCUUCCCGCAAUCCAGAAAACCCACGAGCUGCGGGAGAGUAUGCGGCCGAAAUCGAUUUGGGUGAGAUAUCCGAGCUUCGGCGGAGCAGUAGCAUCGUCAGUACCUUUCGUCCUCGAAGCAGCCCGGCCGGGUUGUAUUCCUAUACGGGCUCAGCGCCACCGUCCAUACACGGUUCGCGGGUUGAUUUGAGCGUUAGUGGAGGUACCGGAUCAGCCAUCUAUCUCGGCUCUAGUGGUGGAAGUGGUGUAACUAGCGGGUCUGGAGGAACUGCGGGGAGUGUAGCAUCGGCUAGUAAUUCCCCUGGGCCUGGGCGUCGUCUAAGUAUGCGAUCCACACCCAAAUCAACGCCUCGCACAACUCCCGAAUCAUCUCCGAAGGCAUCUCCCAAGAAGAGUGCUUCUUCAAGAUCCCUAGCAACCACGACCACGGCCUCGGGGAGUACCAAUUCUCCGAGAAAGAGCGUGUCCGGUAACGGUGGUCGAACAGCGACGGUUACACCGGCUACGUCCACGCCUCCUAUCAAUACCAACCCGUGUCCGAAAAAGGAAGACAAGACAAGCAAACUAACCUCAAAAACCACCGUCCCAAGUACUAAUGCUAGUAAUGCUAGUGCCACUGCUACAACUACUACCACUAGCAGCGUAUCGAAUAGGGCUGCUGCCACGCGUGCUCCAUCAAUUGUGAUAGACAUAACCACAACUACGGCAACAAUUACGGCAAGCACGACCUCCAGCAGCAAGCAGGAUGUAGCUUACGGACGACCGAACGGAAAGCAGGACGCUACAUCCAAGGACACCACCACCACCACCAAGGCUGUCAGCGGUGGUAAAGGCAGCAACACCACCAACACUAAUGCAUCAUCCAAAACAAUGGUUGCGAGCAAUAAUGCUAACAAUAGAAGUGUGCGGCAGGACUAGGGACGUCCUUUUCGGGCGGUGAUGAUGAAGGGUUUAUUAUCGUUCGAAUCGAAUCCACUGUUGUUGAUGGACGAUUGAGAGCUGUCAGUUUGAGCAAAUAUUGCAAGGGCAACUGAAGGGUUCCUUGCUUCUUUCCCCAAAAUCUGACCCGUAUCGUUCGAACCCCGAAUGUGGGAAAGUUGUUGGAUUUCAUCAGGGUUAAAAAAAUCCCUUUGAUAAUAAUACAUAACACAAUGCCCUCCGGGAUUAGCGGGGUGACGCAAGAAGCUCAAAACUGAAGAAGUAAGAAGAUUAGUUAAGCAAAGUGAGGUUAAUUAAACUGAGAGCAUAUACACAAAUACUAGAGAAGAAAAACAAACAAUCAAAGCGCAAAACCCCCAUUUUGAAUGCCAGCUAGCAACAUUAGGUAGUAAUUUUCCGGUUUAAAUGCUACAAUGUCGAGAGGAGGAAAGUCGAAACCCAAAAAAACAUGCUUUCGAUGUAACUUUUUUUGUAAAUCAAGGUUUGUUCGGUUUCGGUUUACGGUGGUGAAAAACUGAAGAAAAAACCCAAUUGUCAGCAGUCGUUCCUUACGCUACAUCAAAUGGCUCAAGUGGUCACUACGUUACGAAAGGGUUGGUUUUGUGUAUCACAAAUGUGAGGUUAUCAGCGAUCCUGGGAUAAGAAGACAGUUGAUAGGCUAGGUUCUGCUUGAUGCUUAGAGAGCUGUUGUUCGAGAAGGGAGCGAAAGUCGUAUAUCAGUGGCAGUGUAAGGCAUCGUUUUUCGCUUGUCGAUGUGUUAAGCCUGUAUGCAUUUAGAGUGACAGCUAUGAUUGAACAAUUAUCGAGCGAGAGCUCUAAGCUAAAAUGGAAAGGGAAUGGAAAAAUUUAUAUCCACGUGUGCGAACGCACUUAUAUUUACACUGAUCAGAAAAAGAAAAACACUCGCACGUGUACCGUUCGAAUUGGAACGUAAAAUUAAACACAUCAACCUUGGUAACAAACGGAUUCCGAACCCAUUGGCGCAUAUUGGCAUCCUUUUGAUUCGUACAGUACGGCGGCUUGUUAUUGUUGGGGCUCGUUAAGCGUGGGCAAAAGCAAAAGUUGAACAGCUGGUUGAAGGGUCAAAGGUUUAUAGGGAUAGCAGUGGUAGGCUUCUAGAGCAUCGAGCAGCAGAAUCGAACCCGCUUAAGGUGUUGCUAUAUCGUGCGUGAAUGCGAUUUAAAAUAUUUAAUAUAUACACAUACCUGCGGCCAUUUUGGUUUCCCUUUGCAACAUCCUGCUCCGUUAUGCUAAAAAAGGGAUAGAUUUGGAAAGUGGAGUGGAAAACCAUAUAUAUAAUAGACAACUCAUACCGGUGACGAUGAUAAUUGAAAUGCAAUAAUUACAAGUUGGGCUAAGAGAAGAUGGUUUGUUAUGACCGGUGUUGGUCGGGAAGAUGGGCAGUACAAAAGCUGUACAAAGGAUGUUGAUGAUAGAAAGGAUAAUAUUUGCUAUUGAUGGACGUUAGGACGUUGCGUUGGUUAGGGUGCGAAAAUCCCAGGUGGAAGAAUGCAUGCACACAUCCGCACAUGUACAGGAUGAAAUGAUAUAUUUGUAUUUAGCUAUUUUAUAAAUUUUAUUUUGAUAUAUAAAACAAAACAGAAAACCCGAAUGCGUGAAACCGUUCAAAAAUAAAGCUUAUACCGAAACAAAGUGAAAGAGAGA